AUGAGUAGUUACGCCAUUAAUGUUACUUGUGAUGAUAAAGUAAAGAUGUAUACAGUCGCAGCAAUGAUGUUAAACGAAGGAUUCAAGGUUGAACCAAUAAAAGGAGUUGAUAAGCAAACAUUCAAGGCAACUCUUGCUCGACUCUCCAAUAAAACACGUAAAAAAGAGCUGGCUCAAAAGAGAUCUCAAUGUCUCAGUGAAUAUAAACAAAGAAUGGCCAAACCAGUUAAUUAUGAUGAAGAGUUUCUACAAAACAAGGCAGAAGAUUGA